AUGGGACAUAUCAGAGCAGUUAACCCCCCGAGUUCAGAUGCGACUAAUUAUUAUUUACCGCAUCAUGCAGUAUUUAAACCCGAUAGUGUGACCACUAAACUUCGUGUGGUAUUUAAUGCCUCGAACCCAUCCUCCAAUGGCGUAAGCCUUAAUAAUGUCUUGUACCCCGGUCCUGUUUUACAGGCAGACCUAACGGUCUUAAUCCUACAAUGGCGACUCUUUCGUUACGUUUUUAACGCUGACAUUGAGAAAAUGUAUCGCCAAAUUUUAAUUCAUCCCGAACAGACACAAUUUCAACGGGUCUUGUACCGCUGUAGUCCCGAAGCUGAUAUAAAGGACUAUGAGCUAAAUACUGUCACAUUCGGAGUGAAUUGUGCGCCGUAUUUAGCGAUUCGAACUCUUUUACAAUUGGCCAACGAUUGUAAACCCCUAAGUCCGUUAGCAUCUGAAAUUUUGAAAACCCAAAUGUAUGUCGAUGACGUACUUGCUGGCUCUCAUGAGCUAGAAGACGCUUUUAGGAGACGUAUUGAACUUACCCAUGUUCUUGAAUCGGCUGGUUUCGUUUUGAGAAAAUGGACUGCCAAUCACAUACGUCUCUUAGAAGAUUUACCCCGUGAGAAUCUGCUUGAUGCAGACUUCUUAAAAUUUUCAGAUGCUAGUACAACAAAAACCCUAGGCUUGCGAUGGAAUGCAGAAACUGACAGUUUCUACUUCCGACUCAUAUCGCAGCCACGCCGGGAUAUUGUGACUAAACGUGCUGUCUUGUCAGAAAUAGCUAAGCUAUUUGACCCCGUCGGUUGGCUAUCCCCAAAAAUCAUUGUUGCUAAAAUUAUAAUGCAACAAAUAUGGAAAGAUAAGACAGAUUGGGAUGAAUGUUUAAAACCCUUAACCCUUGUGCAAUGGCACUCAUUUUUAAAUGAUUACCCCAAUAUUGAGAAAAUUAACAUUCCAAGAUGGGUUAAUUUUCACCCGAGUUAUGAUAUUGAACUUCAUGCAUUUUCUGAUGCGUCAGAAAAGGCUUAUGGCGCUGCUCUUUACGUUCGAAGUAUUUCUUCGAAUGAAAUCUCUUCACAUUUACUCUCUGCAAAGACGAAGGUAGCUCCUGUUAAGUCUGAAACAUUACCCCGUUUAGAACUUUGUGGAGCGGCUUUGAUGGCGAAUAUGGUAGAAUCCUUGUGUAGUCAAUUAAAUCUAGACAAGAGAAAGAUUUAUCUGUGGACUGAUUCUACUAUAGUUUUAUCUUGGCUCAAAAAACCCCCGUGCCAUUGGCCAACCUUUGUCAAAAACAGAGUUGCCUUAAUCGUAAAGAAAGUUGGUAACGAGAAUUGGUUUCAUGUGGAUUCCAAAGAUAACCCUGCAGAUCUCGCAAGUCGUGGAAGUCUUGCUCGAGAUUUAGUUGAUAACCCCCUAUGGUGGCAUGGUCCCUCGUGGUUAAGACAGCCGCGAGAGUACUGGCCACAAAAUAUCGUUACCGAACAUCAGCAUUUAGAAGUUCAAUCUUUUUCUGUUCAGACAGAACCAACAUUUGACAUACUGGAACGUUUCUCAGAUUUACCCCGUGCAAUGCGAAUUAUUUCGUAUUGGUUCAGGUGUUUACAAUAUUUAAAAACCAGAAAAUGCUUGUACAACACCUUAGAUUUAACCCAGUCAGAAAUGAAAUUUACUCGAGAUCGAUUGGUUCUAGUAUGUCAAAAGAAUUAUAUACCUGAAUAUUCUCUACUCUCGAAAGGUAAACCCAUUUCGUCUAAGAGUAAUUUACUCACUUUGAACCCGUUUAUUGAUUCAAAUGGUUUUGUCCGAAUCAAUGGUCGAUUAACUCGAUCCCCUGGCUUAACGUACGAUGAGCGUUACCCUAAAAUUCUGCCUUAUGCAGCCCGAUUUACCCGUUUGUUUGUUGAACAUGUUCACAAAUGUUCUGCCCAUGGUGGCCAUUCAUUAAUGCUCAGAUUAGUAAGAAAUGAGUUUUGGGUCCCCAAGUUAAAAAAUCUAAUUCGUACAGUCAUUUUCAAUUGCAAGGAAUGUACUAUAUAUCGAAAGAAAACCGGUCAGCAGAUUAUGGCUGCUUUACCCCCUGAACGUGCUUCUCUUACGAGACCGUUUACCCAUACCGGUUUAGAUUUCGCAGGUCCGUUCGACAUAAAAUCCUACAUUGGUAGAGGUUGCCGAAUAACGAAAGGUUAUGUCCUCGUUUUUGUUUGUUUCGCCACAAAAGCGAUUCAUUUAGAGGCAACCGGUGAUAUGUCGACCGAAACAUUUCUUGGUGCUUUUGCUCGUUUUUUCUCCCGUCGAGGUUGUCCUGCCCACAUAUACUCAGACAACGGAACUGCAUUUGUCGGUGCUGCUAAUUUACUCGAAGUAGACCGAAAGCAGUUUUUACCCCAAUUAAGAGAAAAAGUACUUGUACGAAAUAGUUUUCAGCCAAUUGAAUGGCAUUUUAUACCCCCUGGUGCUCCUCAUAUGGGCGGCUUAUGGGAAGCCGGCGUAAAGAGUGUAAAAACUCAUUUUCGCAAAAUUGCUGGAAUGCAGAAAUUUACCUUUGAGGAGUUUUCGACAAUGUUAACCCGAAUAGAAGCUUGCCUAAACUCAAGACCCUUAACUGCAAUGAGCGAUGAUCCUUUCGAUUUAGUCCCUUUAACCCCAGGUCAUUUUCUGAUAGGAGCACCUCUUUUGGCACCCCCUGAACCCGAUCAUUCCGAUCUUUCAUUGAAUAUUGCUAAUAGAUGGCAAAAACUCAAAGUGCUCCAUCAUCAGUUUGCUCAAAGAUGGAAAGAGGAAUACCUCAAAGAACUCCAUCGGCGAAUUAAAUGGAAAUAUCCGCAAAGGGACUACAAAGUCGGAGAUUUAGUUGUGAUCCGUCAGGAUAAUUUACCCCCGAAUGAAUGGCGUUUAGGUAGGAUAGAGAAGACCCAUGUAGGCCAUGACAGCAAGGUCCGCACAGCGGACGUGAGAACAGCUUCGGGCAUUUUUACCCGCCCAAUAGUGAAGCUUGUUCUCUUGCCAAAGUCAGAAACUGACUAA